AUGGCGGACCGCAAGAGCUCGGACAUCCGAGCAGACAGCGAUCAAAUCGCCGAGUCAAAGGGUGUUGCUGGCGCCCCUCUGGAGAAGGGUGUCUCACACACAGAACAUGUUGACCUGAACCAAAACCUUCAAGCUAGGAUCAGGAAUCCCCUCGAGGGCCUUUCCCACGCGGAGCUUAUGAGCCGCGUUGAGGUCUUUGCUCAGGAAAAGGGCCUGACCGAGCACAUCGGCUUGCUGCGCAAGGGCGCCCUAGUCGCGCAGGACCCGGAGAACUACGAAAACAUCGGAGGCGAGGAGGCUCUCGACGAGGAAGAGAAGGCCGCCCUGCACAAGGAGGCCAACCACAAGUGGCGGCUCCCGGGGCGUCUUUACCUCACCAUCAUCACCUGCUCCAUCGGUGCCGCUGUCCAAGGCUGGGAUCAAACGGGCAUCAACGGCGCCAACAUCUUCUUCCCCAAGGUCUACGGCAUCGGUAGCGACAGCACGCGCGAUACUCUUCUGGUCGGUCUGCUCAACGCCGGCCCCUACAUUGGCAGUGCCUUCAUCGGGUGCUGGCUCUCGGAUCCUAUCAACAACUGGUUUGGUCGCCGCGGCGUCAUUUUCCUCUCGGCUCACUUCUGCGUCUGGCCCGUCAUCGGUUCUGCUUUUUGCCAUGCGUGGCCUGAGCAGCUUGCUUGCCGCCUUCUCAUGGGUAUUGGCAUGGGUGUGAAAGCAUCAACUGUGCCCAUUUACGCGGCUGAGAACUCGCCUGCUGCUAUCCGUGGCGCGCUUGUCAUGUCCUGGCAAAUGUGGACUGCGUUCGGUAUUUUCCUCGGCACCGCCUUCAACCUCGCUGUCUUCUACACCGGUGAUAUCAACUGGAGGCUGAUGAUCGGCGCGCCGUUCAUCCCCGCCAUUCCCCUGCUCCUCCUGAUCUACGUAUGCCCCGAGUCGCCCCGCUGGUACAUGAAGAAGGACCGGUAUGUCGACGCCUGGAAGUCGAUGAUUAAGCUGCGCAACCACCCGCUCCAGGUUGCCCGCGACAUCUUCUACAUCCACUCCCAGCUGGAGCUCGAGAUCCAGCUGCUCCAGAACACCAACUAUGCCAAGCGCUUCGUCGAGCUCAUCACGAUCCCGCGUGUGCGCCGUGCUACGCUCGCGGCCUUCACCGUCAUGAUUGCCCAGCAGAUGUGCGGCAUCAACAUCAUCGCUUUCUACUCGACUUCCAUCUUCAAGGACAACGGUUCCGACGACUUCCAGGCCCUACUUGCCUCCUUCGGCUUCGGUCUCAUCAACUGGCUCUUCGCCUUCCCUGCCUUCUGGACCAUCGAUACCUUCGGCCGCCGCUCUCUGAUUCUGUUUACCUUCCCCCAGAUGGUCUGGACCCUCCUUGCUGCCGGUCUGUGCACCCUCCUUGAUCAGGGCACUACGCGCACUGCGUUGGUCGCCUUCUUCGUCUACCUGUUCGCCAUGUUCUACUCACCCGGUGAGGGGCCGGUGCCGUUCACCUACAGCGCCGAAGUGUUCCCGCUGUCUCAUCGUGAAGUCGGCAUGGGUUUUGCCGUCGCCACCUGUCUCUUCUGGGCCGCGGUUCUGAACAUCACUUUCCCCUUCCUGCUCAAGCAGGCUACCGUCCUCGGCGCCUUUGGCUGCUAUGCCGGGUUCAACCUGGUGGCCUUUGUCAUGAUCUUCUUCUGGGUCCCCGAGACGAAACAGCGCACGCUCGAGGAGUUGGAUUACGUGUUUGCCGUGCCGACGAGCAAGUUCGGUCACUACCAGGUGACCAAGACGCUGCCGUGGUUCUUCAAGCGCUGGGUCCUGUUCCAGCGCAGUGCGAAGUUGGAGCCACUGUACCACUUCGAUAAUGAGAAGAAGGCGACCAGGGAGGGUGCGGCGGAUGGGCCUGCUACACCUUUGGCUGAGACCAAGAAGGAGGAGUCCGCUUAA